ACCCUCGCAACCAUGAAACUAAUCCUGAUUUUGUUGUGUGCUGUUGUGGCCAUAACCACUGCAUCACCUGUAGAAAAGGAAUCACCAGUCGUUGAAAAACACGAAGCAAACAUUUCCAAGCGGGAAGAUGUUGACCCUGUCAAGAAAGCUGAAGAGAUUAGAAUAGCUCAAGAAAAACUUAGGGCAUUAAAUGAAGCACGUGAAAGGUUUAUUGAGAAACAACAGCUUUAUCUCGACUCACUGUACAGACAGUCUAUCUGGAAUCCAUACCGGGUACCAUAUUACCAAGGACGUUAUAUAGAACCAUUUUUGGGGCUGAGUCCAUGGCACCAUUAUUAGAUUUACUAUAAUCUAUAUCAAUAAAAUUGAUAUUAUGAUACAAU